GUAUUACUUUUCUUCAAUGUUUUAUAGUUAUACUCUACAAACUUUGGAUUGACACUUCCAUUCAAGAAUUAGCAACAAAUGAGUAUUGUUCAUGGAAAAGUUCAAAUGAAAAUGAUGAAAAUUUCCACCAAGUUUCCAUACACUAAAACCCUAAACCCUCAUUUCUCAAAACCAAUGUCUUCAAUUCCCACAUCAUAUAUGUCAAACAAAAUCUUGAAUUCAAAAUCAGCAACAGAAGCCCUUCAAAUUUACUACAAAUCAAUUCAUUACAACAACAACAAAGAAGAAGACCCCACAAAGAAUCUUAAACUACAUUCUGCAACUAUCCAUUUCUUAACUAAUCAAAGAUUAUACUUGAAGGCAAGGUGUUUGAUAAAAGGCCUCAUUGAAACUUUACAUAAAUCAUGCUCACCAAACAGAUCAAGUUCAUUGCUUUUUCAUGCCCUUAACCAACCCGAGUUUGUUAGACCGAAAAGUAAGGUGUUUGGAGUGUUGGUGAUGGGUUUAUGCGAGUUGGGUUUUGUCGAUGAGGCAUUUUGGGUGGUUAAAAAGAUGGAAUGUUUGCCUGAUGUUCAUGUUUGUAACAGGGUUUUAGAUGGGUUUUUGAAAUUGGGUAGAGUUAGUACGAUGUGGGAGGUUUAUGGGUACGUUAAGGGUCGUGAGAUGUUGUCGAGUGUUGUUACGUAUGGGAUUUUGAUUGAUGGGUGUUGUCGUGAAGGGGACCUUGAGAAAGGAUUUAAGUUGUUUGAUGAAAUGGUUGAGAGUGAUUUGAGACCAAGUGUUGUGGUUUACACGAGUUUGAUACGUGGCUUUUGUUGUGAAGGUAGGAUCUUGGAAGGGAAAAGUUUGUUUGGGAAAAUGAUUAAAGCCGGUGUGGAUCCGGAUUUGUAUACUUAUAAUGCUUUGUUGGAUGGUUAUUGUAAAAUGGCUAAUGUUGAUGAAGCACUCGAGUUUUAUAAAGAGAUGUUGGUUGAUGGGUUGGUUCCGAAUUAUGUCACUUUUGGUAUCCUAAUUGAUACCUUUCGAAAGGUGGGUGGCACGUUAGCUGCCCAAAGUUUUUUGGGUCAGAUGACGAAAUUUGGUGAGGUUCCUAAUUCGUAUGUGUUUAAUUGUUUGAUUGAUGGGUACUGCAAGGAAGGCAAUCUUUCUGCAGCACUUGGUUUGUUAUCAGAGAUGGAAUUGUUGAGUAUUGCCAAUGAUGUUUACACCUACUGUAUACUUAUACAUGGUCAUUGCAAUAUGGGUAGAUUGGAAGAAGCGGAUGAGUUGUUUAAGAAAAUGAAUGAGACAGGAGUUGUUGCAAAUUCAGCAGUGUACAAUGCAUUAAUCAACGGAUACUCCAAAAUUGGAAACAUGGAAAAAGCUCUUGAAUUUUGUGGUCAAAUGGUGGAUAAAGGUGUGGAGCUUAAUAUCAUUACGUAUUCUACAUUAAUUGACGGGUACUGUAAGGUAAAGAACAUCGAAGCUGCAAUGGGUUUGUACACGGAAAUGGGGAUCAAAGGUCUUGUGCCUGAUGUUGUUGCUUAUACAGCCUUGAUUGAUGGGCAUUUUAAAGAUUGUAACACGAAAACAGCCUUACGGCUAUACAAGGAAAUGAUUGGAGCGGGUCUGGCUCCUAAUGUUUUCACUCUUAGUUGUUUGAUUGAUGGACUAUGCAAAGAUGGUCUAGCUAAUGACGCUAUUAAGAUUUUCUUGGAUAGUGACUAUUGUUCCCCAAAUAAUGUUCUUUACACGUCAUUAAUUCAUGGACUUUGCAAUGAUGGGCAAGUUUUCAAAGCCAGCAAGUUUUUUUCAGAUAUGAGAAGUGAUGGUUUCAAGCCAGAUGUGGAGCUUUAUGCUGUCAUUACACAGUGGCAUUUUAAAUCAAAGCAUAUGCACGAUGUUAUGAUGUUACAUGCAGACAUGCUUAAGAUGGGCUUGAUCCCAAAUGAUCUUAUUUAUAGUGUUUUUGCUAGGGGAUAUCGAGAGGUUGGAGACUAUAAAUCAGCAUUUAGGUGUUCUGAUGACUUCUUAUAUUCAGGUUUUGACAAUUCGGAAUCUGGGCCAGAAUCUUUAGCUGAACACUCAACUUUGUAGUCGUGCUUGGCAACAUAUUAAGUUGGAGGUAUAGCUAUUACGCAGCGGAACAUCAUUGUUAAUCUUAUAUCAUACAAUCUGGGCAAAAAAGGGUUUCUUGUCAUGGUUUUUCAAAGUUUUAAAAAGAUGAUCUUAGGGUGGAGUCAAGUGUGCUCAGAACUUGCUUCCAUACAAGAGUGACAAAGGACCCACUAUAGAUGCACUACAGCACUUCUAUGAUAUUCAUUUGGCAUUGUGUCUGUUGCCCAAUCUGACCCCCAGUCCCCCACCCAUCCAUUUUGCCUUCCGAAGAUAAGUGGCAUUGUGGAAGAGCAAAUUUUAUGCAGAUCCUUGAUACGCUUUCACUGUGAUAGUAUAAAGUUCAUCCCCCGUGUGCUUUGUGGAAUUGAUUAAA